AUGCAAACUAAACACUUAACUCUCUUUUCCCUCGUGCUCGGUGCAGCCCUAGCCAUACCAGCACCUACCGAACUCCUCGGCAAUAAGGACCACAAGAUCGUCAACGGUACCGAUGCGUCCAUCCUUGAUUUUCCUUUUAUGAUAUCCCUUCGUAGUAGAACGGGAAUCCACUCCUGUGGAGGAAGUAUCCUGUCCGAACUAUGGAUACUAACGGCCGCUCACUGCGUUACUUCCAUCUCUCCAGUGCAGACGGUUCAAGUGGGACGCACUAACCUAUCUGUGAAUGUGGACGAAUCAGUGUACAGCAUAGAGCAAUCCAUUCUUCACCCCGAAUACGAUACCCGCAACAGUUACAUCAACGAUAUUGCCCUGUUGAAGCUAGCAAGGCCCCUAACGCUUAGUGAUCGUGUCUACCCGAUUCGUUUACCUCACAAUAUGCUUGAAGUCGAGGACGAUCCAAAUGAUCUCGAAGUGACGCUAAUCGGUUGGGGACUAAAUGUUACCUUUGGAGUAUCUCCCACCACGCUCCAGCGCAUCGAAUACUAUGUCGUUCCGAAUGAGGAGUGCAAGGCGAUCCAUACGAACACAAUCCAUCCGUCACAAAUUUGUGCCGCCUAUCCUGGAGGCGGCAAAGGACAGUGCAGUGGAGAUUCUGGAGGUCCGCUGCUACAUCACGGAGUUCAGGUGGGCAUCGUUUCUUGGAGUAUCAAACCGUGUGCUUCUGCACCGUAUCCUGGCGUCAUGACAAAGGUUUCGCACUACUUGGACUUUAUUCGAGAACACACUCGUAUUCUGCACUAG